GAAUUGGAAGAAGGGGGAGAGAGAAAAAAAAAGUGAUUGAGGAGAGAGAGGGAGAGAGGGACACGAGUUUAAGAGGGGAAACAGGGGAGGUCUUCGGGGCUCUAGAAAAUAUUUGGGAACCGUGAGAAAUUUUGAGAAAGGAGCUGAUUUGAGAGACCAUUCUGGGCGAGAAAUUGGUGUAUGUUGAUGGCUAGGGCUUCGGGUUAGAGAAAACCGAGGGAGUCCGGUUUGGGUGUUUUGAGUUGAAGAAAAAUCAGAGAACUUUGGUGUGAGAUUGAGAAUAUCGGAGCAAACAGAGAAGAGAUUGGAGCGGAUUUCCGAGAGGAGAAGGAUACUCGACUUUCUUCUGAAUCACAAAAAGGGCCUCUUCUCACAGGUUAUACAGCCGCUGGUACCAGGAUCAUGACACAAGAAAGCAACAAACAGAGAAGGAAGCCAAACAUACUGAUAACGGGCACACCCGGAACUGGCAAAACAACGAUGUCAUCUGCGUUAGCAGAAGCCACACAGUUCCACCACAUAAAUAUUGGAGACUUGGUCAAAGAGAAGGGCUUGCAUGAUGGAUGGGAUGAUGAGCUCCAGUGCCAUGUUAUCAAUGAAGACCUGGUGUGUGAUGAGCUCGAGGAUGUAAUGGAAGAAGGGGGAAACAUUGUGGAUUAUCAUGGCUGUGAUUUCUUUCCUGAACGGUGGUUUGAUCGUGUGAUCGUGCUUCAAACUGAAAACUCUGUGUUGUAUGAUCGUUUGAGUAAAAGAGGUUACACAGGUGCCAAACUCUCAAACAAUAUCGAAUGUGAAAUAUUUCAAGUUCUGCUGGAGGAAGCAAAGGAAAGUUAUCAAGAGGAUAUAGUUCUAGCUUUGAAGAGUGACACCAUUGAGGAUAUCUCUAGAAAUGUUGCAACUUUAUCUGAUUGGGUGAGAAACUGCCAACCUACCCCCGCUGAUAACAACUUAUGAUAUCAAUAUUAUCUCUCCAUGGCUCACCGUUGAAGGUUCACCUAUCACAUCAGUAGUCUCAUCACAAGUUACUGGAAUAUCUCCAAAUAUGUCAGAAAUGCCAGAAAUUACUUGGAAACAUUUUUGUAACCAGUCUGGCUUGGUUACAAUUGCGAUAGCUUUCUGGGCAAUUUAACCACUGCUGUUCGUGCUUCUUCUGUGAUCAUUAAGGCAAUGACAGGAUCUUCAAAGAUU